AUGUAUUCUGGCAUUGCCGAAUGCCCCUGGAAUAGGCAAAAUUCCCCCAGUAUUAAAAAAAAAAAGCUGGCUCUUCCUUUGGCAGCAGCUGUGGCUGGACAGGAGGACCCAGUGCGGCGGGAAAUUCACCAGGACUGGGCCAAUCGGGAGUACAUUGAGCUCAUCACCAGCAGCAUCAAGAAAAUUGUGGACCUGCUCAACUCAUUCAAUCUGUCUUGUCGUUCAAGAUUCGCAACACUAGAUGAGAAACUGACAGCCCUUGAACGGAGAAUAGAGUACAUUGAAGCACGGGUGGCAAAAGGUGAGACCUUCACCUAG